CCUUGCGCGACAGAAGCGACGCUGCGACCGUGCGGCAACGAAACGAAACUACGACAUCGAUCUGGCGGCGGCUGGUUGACGGGCCUGUGCGAGCGAAUUACGGAAAUAAAUGCGUUGACGCGUAAUGUCGGUGGUGCUAGUGCAUUAAAAUAUACUGAAUAACGUUCUGUGCAUCUAAAUAUUAUAAUGUUACUUCGUUUAUGUGCUUAGUGUAAGAAAUAUAGCUACUCGCAAAAAGUGAAGUGAUUUGGUGUAGUGUUCUCAGGAAAACCUGACUUAACGCCUUUGGAGUCGACUGCCGAUUGUGCAUGGUGCCAAGAAGACAUCCGUAGGAGUGACAACAGAGAAUAGCUACAGGAGCGAUGGCGGACACUGCCACAGAGCCGCUGCCGAACGGCAACGCGGCGGCCGAGGAGGAGGAGAGAUUGAAGCAGCGUCCAGCGGACAUUGACGCUGAUGUCCGCGAAAUGGAGCGCCGCAAGCGCGUGGAAGCGCUCAUGUCCUCCAAGCUGUUCCGUGAAGAGCUAGAGCGAGUGCUGGACCAGCAGAUGCACGAAGGAGGCGACGCGCCGCUGCUGCAGCGCAUACGGGAGAUGGUCGGUGGCAGGCUGCAUACUGGCACCUUCAGGAGCCCCAGCUGCGUGCUUCCCAUCAACGACAUUCGCGGCAUUGAGGGCUUCGGCUACGAGAAGGGCGAGAAGAUUCUCCGCUGCAAAUUGGCGGCUUGCUACCGUCUAGUGGACCUGUUCGGGUGGACCCAGACCGGCAUCAAUGGCCAAAUCACCGCCCGUCUCAACACCGCCGUGGAGCAAGUCCUGACCACUCCUCGCGGCCUGCUCCCUCACGAGGUCACCGCCUCCUCGCUGGUGAAGGUCGACAUGCAGGGUGUGGUUCAGGACCAGGGGACCACCAACUUCCCCGUGAACGUUGAAGGUUUCUCCCUGCACGCGUCGGUGCACGCGGCGCGGCCGGACCUGCGCUGCGUGCUGCACCUGCGCGCGCCCGGCGCGCUCGCCGUGUCCAGCUCCCGGCGCGGCCUGCUGCCCCUCGGCCACGAGGCGGCUCUGCUGGGGCCGCUCGCCUACCACAGCGUGCCGCCUGGACUCUUGGAUAACGAGGAGCACGAGAAGAUGGUCCGCGCCCUCGGACCCUCGGCCAAAGUGCUCAUACUGAGCGGUGCUGGAGCCCUUUGCUGUGGAGCGUCACUCGAGGAGGCCUUCCACCAUGCCAGGCAGCUCACUGCUGCUUGUGAGGUCCAACUGCGCCUGGCCGGGGUUCCUCAGGAUGACCUGCACUUGCUGGAUGAAGAGACUAGGCACAAGAUCUACGAGCAAUCGCGCUCCGCACCGGCCGGCGACGCCAAAUGGCGCGUCGGCGGCGAGGAGUUCGAGGCUCUCAUGCGCAUGCUGGACAACGCCGGCUUCCGGACCGGAUACAUCUACCGCCACCCGCUCAUCAAGAAUGAGGUGCCGAGACCCAAGAACGACGUGGAAGUGCCGCCGGCCGUGUCUUCCCUUGGAUAUCUGCUUGAAGAAGAGGAGCUCUACCGGCAAGGCAUCUGGAAGAAGGGCACCGGCAAGGCGGGCGAGCGCACGCGCUGGCUCAACUCGCCCAACGUGUACCAGAAGGUCGAGGUGCUGGAGACCGGCACCAGCGACCCCAAGAAGAUCACCAAGUGGGUCGACGCUAACAACGAAGAGUGGGUGCAAGAUGGCUCGCCCGCGCACUCGAGCACGCCUGUCAAAAUUGACACGCUACAGUUUGUCCCUAAGAACACGAACCCUAAGGAGUUCAAGGCACUCCAGCAGCAGAUCAAGGACAACCGCCGUGCGGAUAAGAUCAGCGCCGGACCUCAGUCUCAUAUCCUCGAGGGCGUCACUUGGGACGAGGCCAGCAAGCUUGUCGGUGAAGAUGCCGUCAACACACACACCGGGGACCAUGUGGUCCUAAUGGGCGCCGCGUCCAAGGGCAUCAUCCAGCGCGGCCACCAGCACAACGCGACCGUGUACAGCGCGCCGUACGCGCGCAACCCGUUCGAGCACGUCACCGACAGCGACAUCGACGAGUACAAGCGGCAGGUGGAGCGCCGCGCGCGUCCCGACUACGACACGGACCUGUCCGAAUCCGAGGCGAUCAGCGCCGCGCAGGUCACGUCGCCGGCCAGCGCCACCGAGACCGAGGAGGAGUCGCGGGACGAGCACCGCGUCCUAAGAAUAGAGACGAAGCAAGUGCCGGUGAGGAGUCAGCCGGAGGUCGUGUUGAGCGAUGUGGACACGACAGACUUUCUGCAUGCCGAGCGGUCACAUGCCGAUAGGACCCGAGGCGAGCACACCGUCAACGGGGACCACUCCGACGCCCACCAGAGCACUUUCUCGCACAGCAGUAAAGAGGGCUCUCCAUCGAAGGAGGUGUCGACAGAGGAGUCCCCCAAGAAGGACAAGAAGAAGAAGAAGGGCCUGCGGACGCCGUCCUUCCUCAAGAAGAAGAAGGAAAAGAAGAAGGACAAGGCGCAGCCCGCCUAGAGAGAUAAAAUUACUACAAAUCACUGCCAUCUCGCUUUCAAGAUACAUGUAAUUUUUUAAAGUAAGGCGCGAGCCUGCCGGCAUUGUGAGUGGCUUCCGCUUCAGAGGGCUCCACAACUCUCCCGAACUAAACUUUACAAUUACGCACAUCACCAAAAAGGUUUAGAAAUUCUGGCAUUUUUUAAAUAUUAUUUGGGCUUAUAAAUGUACUGAGAUGAAAAAUAUAACAAGUGCGAAACCGGUAUUUUAUACAGUAACCGGAUUAAAAUAAAACCGGUUCGGCAUUCCUUUACAACAGACGAAUCGGUUAAACUAGCGUUGGAUUAAUGCUCAAAUAAUACAUAUUAAAAAAAGUCUAAUAUUAUUGAGGUGAAUGUGCACAUAGCCUACUUGCUUAUGAUUGUCUUAAAUAACCAUAAUUUAAACCCGGUCCAACAAUCAACUGAAUUGUUCUCGUAGAGUUGAGACUAUUGACGAUGCUCGUCUAAAAUAUUUGGAAAUAAAACAAUGGACUGAAGUUUCAAAAGAUUAUAAAAUAAAUUAUAUGGGUAUUUUGAGAUUAAAACCUGUGAGGCUAUUAGGUUUGUAAUUUGUGAAUGUUGUGUUCGGGAGCCAUCGUGUGACAGUUUCGACGUGUAAUAGUAUGAACAAUUUGACAAUAAAAUAAUAUAUUUGUUGUGAGCGUACACAGCUCAACAUUUACUUUGUUGUCCUUGAUGGAAAAAAGCUUGUGAAAAAUAGGAUCUAUCUAACACUGCCUAAAAUGUUGAUAUAUGUCAAAUUGUUUUGACUAGACGCAUAACUUGUGUAAAUAUACUUGUCGAGUUUUGUCAGUGGAACAACUGAUAUUGACAAUUGUCAAUCCUUGCAACAAUUGUAUGAGAGAUGACACUCGCAACUUUUGCAAACAGGCUUGACAUAUGUCAAAUCGUCAGUGACAGCGUAAACCGGUUGACAAGAAAACCGGUUUCACACUCAGCGACAUCUAUAUUUACAGGAGUGGACUAAAGCCCGAUCUUUUAUUUAUUUGGACGAUUUCAUUUGACAAAAUUUCACUUGCCAACUAUGGUCCUUUUUUGAUAUGGUUUGAAGAACAAUAAUAUUUUUUUAAUUCUUUUUUAUUUACUAACGCACUUGUGUCAUGUUUAAAUUAGAGAAUACAAACCGGUAAAAAAAUACGGGCAAACCGGUAAAUUACCGGAAUUUCUUUUAAUAAAUAUUUACCGGUUGCAUUCUCUAGUUCAAAUAUAUCAAUAGUCUAAAUACAUCUUCCCGACAUCUUAGAAUUAUAUACUUAUUAUAUAUAUUCGGGAAUGAUGAAAUACUUGGAGCAACGGUUAGAUUUUUCGAUGGCUGUAAUUUAAGAAAUACAGUAAUAUAUUAUGUCUUUGGCAAUCGCCUUCGUAACCCACCGUUAUUAUUAAAGCGCAAUAAAUAUGUAUUUUUUAAAGAUAUAUUUUUAUUAUAAAUUGUUACUUUAAUUUAAAUAUUUUCAUAUAUUAGAUUGACGUGCAAGACAAAUGUGUGUGAUUAUAUUGGAUCGUGUGCCUUGAUUUGACUUAUAUCACUAUCAGUAUCGGUUGUCGGUGUUAUCACACGUAACUAUCCUUCGUACACCUUUGACGUAAAUAUCCGUUAUUUUUUUAUAAUUAUUGUUCUUCGAACCAAUCGUUUUGGUGCGUAUCGGGCAUGUAAUGCUUUUCGUGUUAGGGGGCCACCUUUUUUUAUUUCGGCCCUACGCCACUUGUGCUUUUAAAAAUAAUUAUGAAUAUUUUAUGUAUAACUAUGUGGGUAGAUUCGACAAAAUACAUCGACAAAUAAUUUAUAAAGACAAUAUUCAAGGUAUUAACAGUGUCAAAACUGAUGGUCUAUACAGUUCUGACUACAUCAACAUGUAGGUAAUCAAAAAACGUUUAUUUAUUUUUGAACACUACGUAUCUGUACCUUUAUAUUUGCCAAAAAUUACCAAAAAGUAAAUUCAAAUCGAAUUCAUCAAUUUAACUUGAUAAAAACGCGGCGUACAUGAGUCUCUUUUUACAUUUAAAAUUGUUUUGUUAUUGUUGUUAUAGAUGGCGUAACUGGUACAUAACAUAGAGAGGCUUUAGAAUUGUGUAUUUGGUAUUUGAGACGGUAAUAAAAACGCGAGCAGUAUUUUCGUUGAUAUUGUAAUAAUAGGUAAACAAAAACUAUGGAUUGAAAUAGAGACAGUUGUGCAUCAAAAUUUAAUUUGUUAAUUAUGGGUAAAGUAAUUGUGUGCGUUUUUAAUAAGUUAAACUAUUAGUUGUAAUGUUUUAACUGCCCGCAUAGUUAUAAAUAUACAUUAUUAUUAGGUAAUCAAACAAAAUAUUAUAAUGUAUGUUAGCUACUUUAUGUAAAGUUAAGUAUACUCGCCUACACCUUUUUUAAAUUAUUUCCAGUAAAUUGGGACGUAACUAUUAUUUUGACAGGUUUUAGGGUUCCUCAAAUGUCACAAAUAAUGUAAAGGCUGGACCGUAUCAGAAACAAAACGAUCGCAUUUAAGUACUACUUUCUGUGUUCAUUUGUGGCAUUGACCAGAUAGUCAUACAUCCUUUAACAUCGCUGGUUGUGAUAUAAAUAUUAAAGACUACAAAAAACCUUACUAACAGUAGUUUAUAAUAGCUAUUUGCAUACAAAUAUCCUGAUUAUAUAGACCACAAAAUGCUCUCAUGUUAUAAUUAAAGUGUUAAUUAACCCUUUCGGGCCCAUAGACGACUUAUCUCGUCCAAAUAAAUAUAUAACAACAAUGUAAGGGUUAAUAUGUCAGUCCAGCCUAACCCACUCAGGUGCAGAACCCUAAAACAUAUUGCUUGCUAUAAGUACAUCCACAAGAGAUUGUACAUUUUGUUGUAAGGAGAUCAUUUAAAGCUAUAUUUUUUAUUAUUUUUUAUUUUUUAAGGGCAGUAUGAAUAUUUGAACAUAAAAUAUAUGACAAACAUGGCAUUUACAGCUAAAUCGUAAUAUAUUUUAAAGAUUUAUUUUUGUAUUACUUAUUAAGUUAAUAUUAUAUACAAAUCAACUUUAUUAGUACAUUUUAGUGCAUGCUUCGUCAGACAAUUGUUUUUAUUUUCGUAAACCGGUUUUGUUAGUUGACUGAAAAUUAACCGGUUUUAAGUUUACAUGAAAACCGGUUUUUCUUAACGUUUAAUUUGGAGUAAUUACAAGUGUUUUGUUAUAUACCGUGAUAAUUUGUGUAGUUCUCUGUGUCCCGAGAUUUUGUGGUUAACAUUACGUAAAAGUACCUUAGCUACGUGAAAUAUGAUUUACUAAUAAUUUAAUUCGACAAUAGUACAUUAGUGAUUAAAAAAAUAAAUUAUGAGAAAAAUAAGAUAUUUCUCUAAACGAUUCAGAUAUUCAUACUGUCAGAGAAUCAAUUUGACAUUACCUAGAUGGAUCUAGAGUUUGUAAAAUGACAAGUUGGUUGAUGUUAAGGUGCUACGUGCACUAGGUAUGUGUAAGGUUGACUUGAGAGGCGCCAUUUUUAAUUAAAGUUUUCCGGUUAAAUAUCACUGAGGUAAAUUUUGUUACUGAUAUGCGACACAUGAUUUUUGAAUUACAUAUAAUAAUUGAUAAAUGACUUUUUUUUCUUCAUUUUUUCUACGUAGUUGAUAUAUAAUUGACUAGUGUAAUAUGUGCCUUUAGUUUGUCACGUAUUUAGGUCUUUUUGUUAUAUAAGACAAAUUAAAAAUGGCGUCCUCGACGAAACUGUAGUUUAAAAAUCGACACCGGCAUUGCAAUUUUAUUGUACUUUUAAUGAAAUAAAUUAUUAGUUUAAA